AUGAGCAUUAGCGGCGGCAGCGGUGGCGUCGGCACAGGAUCCGGCUCCCGGAUGUCUCAGAAGUCAAAGGAUGUUAGAAGAAACAACAUCACGGCUGCGAAAGCCGUGGCCGAUGCAGUUCGGACCUCCCUUGGGCCACGCGGUAUGGAUAAGAUGGUGCAAACUGCAGAUGGCGGUGUCCUCAUCACCAACGACGGUGCCACCAUUCUCGAAAAGAUGCAGGUCGAGCACCCGGCCGCCAAGAUGCUCGUACAGCUCUCCCGCUCGCAGGACGUCGUGGCGGGCGAUGGCACUACGUCCGUCGUUGUCAUUUGCGGAGCACUUUUAAGUGCCGCACUUGACUUGCUUGGAAGCGGUAUUCACCCUUCCGCCAUAUCAGACGCCUUUCAAGUCGCCCUGGACAAGUCUCUGCAAAUCGUGAAGGAGAUGGCUGUACCAGUCAACCUCGAAGACAAAGAAGCCCUUAAGCAGGCUGCCACCACGAGUCUCAACUCCAAGGUCGUUCGUCAAUACGCAAACUUGCUUGCUCCCAUUGCGGUUGAUGCCGUGUUAGCUGUAAAAGGGGCUCAGGCUAAGCACUCCGCAGUCGUGUUAGAAAACGGAAAUGGCGCUGUCCCUAUGAAGGGUGUCACGUCUGAGUCGACAACUUCUUUUGUUGACCUAAAGAAUAUCCGGACCGUUAAGAAGCUGGGUGGUACACUUGACGACACUGAGAUGGUAGACGGAUUGCUUCUAAGCCAACCAGUUGCCAAGGGCGGCUCAAAUUCCGUCACCAAGGUCACUAACGCCAAGGUUGCCCUCAUCCAAUUCUGUCUCAGCCCGCCCAAGACGGAUGUGGAAAAUUCAGUUGUUGUACAGGAUUAUACAGCUAUGGACAGAAUCCUUCGGGAAGAGAGAACUUAUAUCUUGGGGUUGUGUAAGAAAAUCAAAGCAGCAGGUUGCAAUGUCGUUCUUCUUCAAAAGAGCAUCCUUCGCGAUGCGACAACUGAACUCAGCCUGCACUUCCUUGCUAAAAUGAAGAUCAUGGCAGUCAACGAUAUAGAGCGUGACGAAGUUGAGUUCAUCUCAAAGAGUCUCGGGCUCACGCCGAUUGCAGGAAUUGAAUCGUUCACAGCUGACAAAAUGGCGAAGGUUGAGCUUGUUGAAGAGGUUUCCCUUGGCACCGACAAGAUGAUCAAGAUGACCGGGGUCACAAAGACACCAAAGGAAACCGUAUCGAUCCUAGUUCGAGGUUCGAACCAACUUCUAUUAGACGAAGCGGAACGUUCUCUCCACGACGCAUUGUGUGUUGUUCGUUCACUUGUGCACAAGCAGUAUUUACUUCCGGGCGGAGGUGCCCCUGAAACCGAGGUAUCGGUCUUACUGUCUCGAGCAGCAAAGGAGAAAAGUGGAAUGGAAGCGUAUUGUAUGGAAGCGUACGCUGAAGCGUUGAACGUCGUUCCUUUUACACUCGCAGAGAAUGCAGGACUUUCACCGGUUGAAAUUGUGACUGAAUUGCGGCGUCGCCACGCAGCUGGAGAGUCGGGAGCUGGCAUCAACGUGCCAAAGGGCGCGGUUACGAAUAUCAGCGAAGAAAAUGUUGUCAUGCCCCUGCUGGUGUUCAGUUCAGCACUUUCUCUUGCAACAGAAUGCGUGCGCCAGCUCUUGAAGAUUGAUGACAUUGUCAUGGUAAGGUAA